AUGGUUUCUUCUUCUUCGUGUUCUUCUCAUAGUGUUGCAGAUAAUUAUGUUGGGUAUACUAUGGAUGGAGAUGACGACUUUUCCCCAAAUAACUGUCACAGUUCCAGAUCUAAUCAUAAUAAAACGCCAAAUGGAAAUCACACUGACUUUGGAGAUUUCCAUUUCACGAUUCUGGACUAUCUGAAGGAUGCCAUGAAGGCUAUGGACAUGAUGCAGAGCCACCAGAUGCUCACCGACGUCGUACUAGAAGUGGGCAAGGAGCAGUUCCACGCGCACAAGGUGGUUCUCGCCGCAGCCAGUCCCUACUUCAAGGCCAUGUUCACGGGCGGGCUCAGAGAAUGCGACAUGCGCAGGAUCAAGUUGCAGGGCGUCAGUGCGACUGCGAUGGCUAGAUUGAUAAGGUUUAUGUACUCAGGGAACAUCGAUGUGGACGAGCACGUCGUUUGUCAGUUGCUGCCAGCUGCCACCAUGUUGCAGGUCGUGCACGUGAUAAAGGCCUGCUGCGACUUCCUGGAGCGCCAACUGGACCCCAGCAACGCCAUCGGCAUAGCCAACUUCGCCGAGCAGCACGGAUGCGCUGAACUAUGUAAGAAAGCCAAUCAGUAUAUCGAACGACAUUUCAGCCAGAUCAGCCAGGAGGAGGAGUUCCUGCAGCUGGGCACCUGCCAGCUGGUUAAUCUCAUAAAAAAGGACGAGCUCAAUGUGCCCGAUGAGAAGGACGUUUACAACGCCGUGUUGAGGUGGGUGAGGUAUGACGAGGAGAACAGGCAUCAGAAAAUGGAGCCUAUUUUGACAGCGGUGCGGUGCCAGUUUUUGCCGCCCAAGUUUUUGAACGACCAAAUGACUAACUGCGAAGUUAUAAAUAAAACUCCCGCCUGUAAGGCGUAUUUGGCUAGGAUUUUUAAGGAUCUAACGUUACAUAUCAAGAUGGUAGCGAAAGAAAGGUGUCCGAACAUUCCACGUGUCAUAUACAUUGCCGGUGGUUAUUACAGACAAUCACUGGAUGUUUUAGAAGGCUACAAUGUAGAUGACAAAACUUGGUCCAAAUUGGAUAGACUCACAGUGCCUAGGUCAGGCUUAGGUGGAGCAUUCUUAAAAGGUAAUUUCUAUGCAGUCGGUGGUAGGAAUAAUUCUCCAGGAAAUAGUUAUGACUCGGAUUGGGUGGAUAGGUAUAACCCGUACAAGGACCUUUGGCGACCUUGCAACCCCAUGUCCGUGCCUAGGAAUAGGGUGGGGGUGGCAGUUAUGGACGGCCUCCUAUACGCGGUAGGGGGCAGUGAGGGGUCCAAAUAUCUCAGCAGUGUGGAAUGUUAUGACCCGGAAGCGGAUCGAUGGACCUUGGUGAAACCGAUGCAUUUCAAGAGACUGGCCGUAGGGGUCGCAGUUGUGAACAGGCUCUUGUACGCUAUUGGCGGUUACGACGGAAUCGAAAGGCACAGCAGCGCCGAAUGUUACCAUCCAGAGAAUAACGAGUGGACUAUGAUUUCGUCCAUGAAAGUAGCGAGGAGUGGUGCAGGGGUAGUAGCCAUCAACCAAUAUAUUUUCGUUAUUGGAGGAUACGAUGGCAAGAGGCAACUGAAUCUAGUGGAAAGAUAUGAUACUGAACUUGACGUUUGGGAGUUUGUAAGUCCCAUGAAGAUAUGCAGGAGUGCUUUAAGCGUAACUGUUUUGGAUUGCAAGAUUUACGCCAUGGGAGGCUUUGACGGCACGAACUUCCUGACCGACGUCGAGAUAUACAAUCCUGCCAAGGACACCUGGGAGGCGGGCGUGCCGCUCACCUCCGGCCGGUCGGGACACGCCAGCGCGGUGUGCUACCAUCCCACCACCCCGGACAAGGCGUGCCCGGUGCUGGGGAAGCCUCUGCUCCUACCGGAGUCUUCCACCACCAAGGGGUGAUUGUGUCAUUGGCCGGGCCGGGUUCGGUUGGUUUUUGUGUGGGACUUUCGAUGUUUGGGUCGAGGCCGGUAGUCCAAUCAAAUGGUAUUUUGUGGUUUCAUAUGUUUUUGGAGGUGCUGAAUUCGAAUCUGAAUUUUGCAAACAAAAUCUCCUGGAGCGUUCCGAGAUAUUCGCAAGAAACAGCAAAAUUCUCGGACUUUUUUCGGUGUUUUUGCCCGUAACUCGGAAAUUAUACGUUAUAUCGAAAAGACCGCCCUAUAGAAAGUUGAACUAGAUAAUAU